GGUCUGUUUGGUGUUCCAGAACUGAGCUGUCCAGAAGGAUUUCAAGAAGCACAGGACAAAGCAUUGCAAGAAUCGGAACAACUGGUCCAAAAGGCAUGUUCAACACCACCUGGGCCAGAGACAGUAAUGAUCUUUGAUCAGCUUUCAGAUGCGUUGUGCAGAGUAGCAGACUUGGCUGAUUUUGUGAAAAUUGCCCAUCCUGACUUUGCAUUCAGAGAGGCUGCUGAAGAAGCUUGCAGGAACAUUGGUACCAUGGUAGAGAAAUUAAAUACAGAUGUUGAACUGUGUCAGAGUUUGAGACGUCUGCUAGCUGAUGAAGUUGUCAUGAGUUCCUUAGAUCCAGAAACCAGGCGAGUGGCAGAACUUUUUAUGUUUGAUUUUGAGAUCAGUGGCAUUCAUUUGGAUGAAGAAAAGCGUAAAAAGGCAGUCAACCUCAACAUCAGAAUAUUGGAUUUAUGUAAUGAAUUUCUGACAGGAUCUCACCUUCCCAACAAGAUUGACAAACAUGUUUUGCCAGAGCAUAUUCGAUAUAAUUUUACAGCUGAAGGCAAUUACUUACAAGUUGCUGGUCUGCAUGCUGAUUGUCCCGAUGAUCUGGUGUGUAUUCCUCAAGUUUGCUUUGGCAUACUCUAUAGCAAUUUGUUAUUGAGGGAUGAUGUCAGGAAGGCCAAAGCUCAAGUGCAGUUGAGACGUGCAAGUGACAUCAAAGUCAACCAGAAGAGCAUCUACUGCUGCAUUAGUACUAAAAGGCUAGACAAGGAAAAGGUGGGCUCAGUGCUGAGUAAGGUGGAUGGUUUAGUGGCAGCAGACACAGAUAAGGACGAGAUGCUGAUCGCUUUCUUUGCCUCAGUAUUCACCAGUGAGUUCUCCCAGCCCACUGUGCUUGGUGAAGAGGUUCAAAGAGAAGAACAACUAGCAGUAGAUGAGGAUCCAGUUUGGGAUUACUUGAGAGAACUCAAGCUGUACAAGUCCUUGGGACCAACCAGGUUGCAUCCAAGGGUCCAGAGAGAACUGGCUAUUGUCCUCGAAAGGCUUGCUGUCUUUG